AUGGCGCUCAAAGGUACCCUGUCGGGAGUGCAGUUUCGCCGCAGCCAGCCUAAGGAUGCGACGCAGCUCGCGGGGCUUCUACAGCUAGGCGACGCCGUGCCUGACGGCAUCCCCACCCCGGGUGUGUUUCGUAUCCACAGCGCUAGGGACUUUGCCACCCUCAUUCAAGCAGCGUACCUUUCUGUGACGGCAGUGCGCAACGCCACCGCCGCUGUAGGUGAGGGUCAGGCCGAGGAGGUUGUGAUUGGCUUCAUUGCGCUCAGCGACGAUCCACCGGGAGAGAACCAUUGUUACGGCGCUGCGGGCAACGGCGACUCAGGUGAGAAGAGACUUGCCGCGAAGCAGACGGCUGUUUUGGCGGAGGACACGCGCAGCGCCGUGGCAGGGGCGACGCUAGAGAACAGCCUGUGGCUGCGCAUGCUUAUUGCCCCUCCUAGUGACGCCCUUGGCGGAGCGAGUUUGGGGACAGCUGUCAUGUCGGCUACCAACACGUCCGUCGCCGCCACUUCGCGAGACCAGUCCUUCACUUCAGAGGAAAUGGUGAUGGACCUCCUGCGCGUUGCCUUGGGUACUCUGAGCGGCAUCGAGCAUAUCUUCAUGUCUCCCGGCUCGAGGUUUCCAGGCCUGGAGUCAAUACCUGGUGUUACUCCGCUAUCGACCAUGAACGCUGACCCGCUCCCUAUGGCCUCGUCGUUGGGCCAUGACGCGUUGACACGGACGUUUCUGCAUCUUUCCCGCGCCAUGGUGCUACCCCCACUUACGAUACGUCGGGGCAGGGUGGAGGACUACGACGACAUUGUGACGCUGCUCGUCACCGGUGGGCCAGGAGUCAUCACGGAGCUGCCGCAGGACUUCUUCGUAGAAGAGAUUCUACAGGAUCAGGAUACGCACAACAAGGUCGUCGUCGCUGAGAACGCCGUCACGCAUGAGGUUGUUGGUGUCGUGUGUCUGCGCCAGUUGACCAUGGAGGAGCAGCAGCACACAGCCCGGCUGUACAACACGGAUGCCUUUGAGCGACUCAAGCGCGUGAGCGCGGACGUGUCAGGUGAUGAUGCUCUGCUGGACGACGGGCUUUCAUGCACCUUCAGCAUCUUCUUCCUUUACUUUAACCCUGAUUUUGACCACAGCGCGUAUCAGCUCCUGCCGUACCUCUUCCACGAGUUCCCGACGUGCGACUAUGCCCUCCUGCAGCUGUCGCACACGUUACCGCUACCAGAGCCCAUGAUACUGGAGCGGUUCCAAUACGUGCCGCUGCGACGCUAUCAGCCCCACAACGCGCGCGGCGAGCUGGUGCCUGCCCCCAGUGCGCUAUGGGUAUGCCCCCGCGUGUCCGUGCCGAUUGACCGCGACGUGCAGGUGCGCGUAGAGCUGCUGACCGAUCCCUGCGGCGCCCUUUUGCGCAAGAAGGUGCUUUCCCAAUUUUCGGCACUCAAUUACGCUUCUCUGUCGACGUCCAUGGGCCGUGGCAGUAGGCCUGCUGGCUUGGGUGGUCGCGCGGCUCUGCAUCAGCAGGAGAACCGAAGCAGCUCUACCGGUGCUGUCCCUGGACUCCCGGGCAGCUCGACUGAGCUGCUAGCUGCGCUGCAAGAAGACUUGGAUGAGUCGACACCGACGGUGUCCCGAGAAGGGGAGGGGGAGGAUGAUAUAGCAGCUCCGAACCGCGCCGUGUUCGCGCUCACAUGGGGCACGCAUUCAGCCGGUGGCACCGCUGGCGUGUUGUCGCCCGCUACGGUGGUCGGCGUGAUAUCGGUGCAGUCGGUUUCGGUUGCCGAGAUGUACGCGCUCCGAAACAACUACGACCUCGACCGCUUUCUCGCCUUCAACGCGGCAGACGGGUUUGACUACACGGCCACCGACAUCUCGCUCACAGCAGAGGAGGGGCCACUACGCUACCGCUCGGCGGAGCUGCCCGGAAUCGUCGUCCGCUUUGUGUACAUUCGUCCUGUGUUCCGCCAGUACCUGAAGCUCUUCCUGCGUGAGGUGCUCCGGCAAACCCAUGCGGAGGUGCUACUCAUGUUGACAAGCACCGAUGCGUCGCUGUGCCAGACCGCCGUCGCCUCCUUCACCUUCGCUCCGCCGCGGCGGGUCGUCGAGGCCAUGACUGAGCGAAAGACGAAGAAGGACUCGAACCCGACUGUCAGCACGCUCGACAACAUCGCUGAUCUUCCUGAGGUGAACGAUGUGUCGCCGACCUUGGCGCAGAAUACUGCUGCCACUGCUGGCAAGGCGGAGGUGACGCACACAGGCCUGGCGCUGAGCUCUCUCUUCUUCACGACGCGCCGCUUCCUCGGCGACGAACGGGUGCGUGUGCACGCGCGCGUCGUGAUUGUUGGUGCCAGCGCCACUGCACUCUGCAUGCUAUACGAGUUGCUCUCCGUCCCCUACUUGGACUACCUGAACAUCACCGUCGUGUCGACGGACGGCAUGCCGCUGCACCCGAAUCAGCGUCCAACGUGCCAGUGGCAGGUGGACGGGAUGGAGCUACUGGAGCGGGAGUACAUGCGACUGCGCCUCGGUAACGGGCUGAUGAAUUCGUCGUCGCACAGCUUUGGCGCGAACACCAUCCGCGUCGUGCAGGGCACCCUGGUCGACAUCGACAUUGCAAUGAAGUUCAUUCACUUAGAGAACAGCAUUUACGAGCCGUACGACCAGCUACUGCUCGCAACUGGGCGGCAGUACAUUGUGCCGCCAUCGAUCCGGGCACUACAGCAACAGGAGGUGCGCGGUGCCCGCGGUGGCGUGCUGGCGCUUUCGGGUGAGGUCGCCGAGGCUCGCCUGCGCCACACGUUGGCAGAGCUGAGUCAGUCGGGGAGCGGGUCCAUUGCGAACGUCGUCGUGUAUGGUUCCGGUCUCGACGCCAUUGCGACGUUAUCGACAAUUAUAUCAAUGGGCUUCCCUGCGCAGCGGCUGGUUCUCUGCAGGCCCGACGCCCAGCAGACGCUGUUUGCCGAUGCGGCGUGCGGCCAGGCGACGAUGGCACUAGUCCGUGCACUCGGCGUGACGGUGCUGGACGGCUACGGAGUCUCACGUUUGGAGUUCGAUGACGACAUGCUUACCUCAGUGCUCUUGGCGUCCCUCUCCUACGAACGCAAGGCAGGCGACGCUGUCGAGCUGCCAUGCGCUCUGAUCGUGUGCGUGGAGGAGAAGGAGAUUAAUCGCAGCGUGCUCACGGCUCUAGCGAAGAGGUCUAUUGUCUUCGAUGGUCGCGUCAUUGUGGGCAGUGCGUACGAGACUAGCCAACCAGAUGUGCUCGCCGCUGGCCCAGUUGCCAUGUUCACCCGUCGCUACGGCGCUACGGAGGCUUUCGAAACGUUCAACCCGCGCGACGUCGGCAGAGAUGUGGCACAGGUGCUGCUCGCCCGGCUUGGUGUGAAGGAGUUCCAAGCACGCAUUUCGGCAUCGAAUGACCUGAAGGGGAACUCAGCGCGCCGCACAUCGGCUGACGACAGCAACUUGGUGAGUGUCAGCUGCAGCCCUCCGCUGAGCAGCUUUGCCGGGGCUCGUACGGUAUCUAUCUCCAUGCUCACCGAAGACGCAGUGCAGUCGCAUAGUGCACGUGGCCUGACGCUGCCGUCGUACACGUCACCCGUGUCGCGCCGAGUACGUCUUCCAUGCGGCUACCAAUACGUGAGCAUUGUUGGCGACUCUGCUGCCUUUAAGGCAGGAGCGUGCAUUCCUCUCCAGUUUAACUCCGCUGAUAUGCUCAGCGUUCCGCUCGACGACGUGUGCCCUUCGAGAAGCACUGCGGCCGAUAGGGUGGACGCGGCGCCAUCAUGGCGGGAGAUGAUGACACUGUACAUUCACCCUCAGCAUCGUACGAUCGACGGCGCCGUGUACGUUGGCAACGGCUCCCCUGAGGUACACAACUACCGCACCUUAAUUGGGCUGCCUGAGUCUCUGUUCCACCUGCAGUACCGCUACAAUGAAUCGAUCAGCAAGUGCGACAACACCGGCAGCCGCGUCUACUCCAGUGCCGCAGCGAUGAGCAGGAGUGGUGCCGCGCCGACUCCAGCCGGUGUUUUGACGGUGCCGCCCCGCAACCAGCAGUUCGACCUCAUCUCGUAUCUCCGUCUGCCGACACUAAAGCCACUCCUCACAGACCGUUUCGUGCGCUUCUUCUGGCAGCUCCAACGUAAGCUGCAGACAGCGGAGGAGGUGGUGGCUAUCCAGGAGCGCGUGCGGGUCGCUCAGCAGGCAGCUGGGGUGCUGACACCAGCCGAAUCGGCCAUCCGUGUUGCGGAGUUAGCAGAUACAAAGUCGUUCCGGUACAAGGUGCAGCUUGCGCUUCUCAAGUACAUGCACGAGAGCAAGGACACGCGCCCGCAGGACAUGUACCUGCCGAGCAUCGAGAAGCAAAUAGCUGAGAAAAGAGUCGCGGGGUAG